AUGGUAAUGGACACCUUUACUUUCUUCCAUGGGAAUGCUUUGUCAAAUCGGCUAUUUUUGACGGAGGAGCAGGGAUGUUCCAAUAUAAACAUCAGUUGCGCAGUGACAGAUAAGGAAGCUCUUCUCAAAUUAAAAGAUGGUUUCGUUGAUGGGGGCGGCAGGUUGUCCACCUGGAAAAGUGAAGCUGAUUGCUGUGAGUGGAAUGGAGUAGUAUGCAGUAAUUUGACUGGUCAUGUUAUCAAGCUCGAUCUUGUCCAUUAUGGUGAUUCCGAGGAAUUGAGAGGUAAUAUCGAUUCCUCAUUAUGUGAUUUGCGGCAUCUAACUUACUUGUAUCUCGAUGGAAACAAUUUCGAAGGGAGCAAAAUUCCAGAAUGCAUUGGCUCACUUGGUCAACUAAGAGAGUUAACUAUUUCGGGUGCUUCAAUUGGUGGCACUAUUCCCCGUGGACUGCAAAAUCUAUCCAAUUUGCAAACUCUCGACCUUAGUGACAAUCCUUUUAAAAGCGGACCAUUUCCCGAUUUUUCAAGAUUUUCAAAUCUGGACUUUAUAGCAGCAUCGUGUAACUUUGGUGGCCACUUUCUCAGCUGGUUGAAGUAUCAAAGGGAGCUUCACGCGUUGGACAUUUCUGAUGCGUCAAUUUCUGAUUCAAUUCCUCAAUGGCUUUGGCUAUCUUCUUUCAACUACUUGAAUCUUUCCCAUAACAAACUUUAUGGGGAAUUACCAAAAUCAAUCUUGAAAUUUUAUCAUUAUGUUUUGGAUUUGAGCUUCAACAAUCUGUCCAGUCCCAUACCAGAUUUACCAACAAGUGCAAUGGCGUUGGUCCUCUCAAACAGUAUGUUUUCAGGAACUUUAUCUUUCAUCUGUGCAACUGCUCAAGGAAGUGUAUAUCAGCUUGAUAUUUCAUGCAACUUUUUGUCGGGAAAACUUCCUGACUGUUGGGGACAACUUCCUUACUUGGCCGUUCUGAGAUUGGAAAACAAUCAUUUCUACGGGGCAAUACCAAAUUCAAUUGGUACUUUGAACAAUCUUCAAAUUAUCCAUCUGAAUAACAAUAAUCUCUCUGGGAAUUUGCCAUCUUCAAUGAAUUCUUCGUACUUGCAGUUCAUUGAUUUCGGACAGAAUAAUUUGACUGGAAAAUUGCCAUCAUGGACAGGGCAGUACUUGCACAAUUUGGUUGGCUUACGUUUGCAAGCAAAUAGGCUUCACGGAAGCAUUCCUACAAAUUUGUGUAAUUUGCCACAUCUUCAAAUCUUAGAUCUCUCAAAAAAUUACAUAACAGGAAAUAUACCUCAUUGCUUUGGUAAUUUGAAUGCUAUGUCAAAUAUGACAUCCAUAAGCCAAGGAAUUUCUUAUGAUAUUCUUGGAAGCUUUACUACAUCAUCCUUUACGGACAAAGCAACAUUGGCAUGGAAAGGAGAAUAUGUUGAGUACAGUAAGAAUCUUCGAUUCAUGAAAACCAUUGAUCUCUCUUGCAAUCACUUAACAAGAGAAAUCCCAAAUAGCAUAGCUGCACUUGUGGCAUUGGCUUCCCUAAACUUGUCUAGAAAUCAUUUGAAAGGAUCCAUUCCCAUUGAGAUGGGUCAAAUGGAAAAGUCAGAAUCACUUGAUUUGUCAUACAACUCUCUUUCUGGUGAAAUUCCUAUCAGCUUCUCAAGUUUGAGUUUUCUUAGUAUAUUGAACUUGGCCUUCAACAAUUCAUCAGGAAAAAUUCCAACUGGCACCCAACUUCAAUCCUUUAAUGCCUCUAGUUAUACAAGAAACCAGGGGCUUUGUGGCCCCCCACUUACAGAGAGAUGUCCAGGAGAUGGGAGUUCAGAUCUGAAUCCCAAUGCACAUGACAUUGAUACAGAUGGAGAUGAUAAUCUCAUAAGCUUUGCGUUUUAUGUGAGCAUGGCUCUUGGUUUCAUUACUGGGUUUUGGGGAGUUUGUGGGACUUUAAUUCUUAAAAAGUCUUGGCGGCAUUCCUUUUGUCACUUCUUUGAAAACAUGUACAACUGGAUUUAUGUUCAAGUUGCUAUUUUGAAGGCAAAGAUAGAGAGAAGAUUCCACAAAGACUAA